GAAUCUUUUGGUCCAGUAGUUGCAUGUUACUAUGCGCUUGCAAAAUCUGUCACAGCCCUCCUUCAGUACCUUGCCAACAGGAUCGACUCUAACGCGAGCGCUGUUUGUCGAUAAUUUGUCGCAUUGGAUUGGUUAGACGACGGGGAUUUAGGGGCUCAGCUCAGCUCAGCUAACCACCGUCCUAUUUUGCAAUACACAGCUAGGAGAUAAUGAUUUACUGUUAACUAUAAAGUUACUGAUUAUUCUGAUUCGCAUUCAACCAGCAGAGAUCUCUCUCUCUCUCUUUUUAAAAGUUUCUUACAACGCCAACUGGCAACUGAGAUACAUCAAAAAUCAGGAUGUUGCGUGACCCAAAUUGCUCAAACGGAGCUUUUGGCAGAGCUCAAUCCAAGCUUUUACGCGCGUACAGGGAUCCGAGUCGGUUUCACUUUCGGGAUGGGGAUAUUCCACACACAUUUGGAACGUGACAGCCAAAUCUGUAUCCUUUGCGAUGCUGCAUCAUUGUUUUUCGUGUUCAAAUAUUGCAUCUUCUGCCUUAUGGGGAGGCAUCCCUUAGUGGGGUGCAAUGGAGCAGCUAGAAGAGGAACUUACAUGCCCAAUCUGCUGCGGUCUGUUCGAGGACCCGCGGGUCUUGCUGUGCUCACACAGCUUUUGCAAGAAAUGCUUGGAGGGACUCUUGGAGGGGAAUCGAGGUCCAGCUUUUAGGACACCUUUCAAAUGCCCCACCUGCCGCAAAGAGAACCCCCACAACGGCGCAAACAGCCUGCAGAUCAACUACUCUCUGCGCGGGAUAGUUGAGAAGUUCAGCAAAAUAAAGGUUAUACCCAAAAUGUCUGCAUGUAAACAACACUCCGGUCAGCCUCUUAACAUAUUUUGCGCCACCGACUUGAAAUUAAUAUGUGGAUUUUGCGCAGCGACGAAUGACCACGAAGGGCACAAGUUCUGCUCCUUGGAGGAUGCGUAUGAACGGGAAAAGAAGGCGUUUGAUGAGCUGCUUUGCGGGGUGAAGAACUGGCGUAGCGCAGAUUACCUGUCCUGCCUGGAUACACUACAAGCCAGUAAGAAAAGGGCGCUUCUGUCGGUCAAUAAGGACGCAGAGAAGGUAAAAAACUAUUUCGAGAAACUCAUCAGUGCCCUUGAAUGCAAAAAGAAUGAGAUCCUGUCCGACUUCGAAACACUAAAGCUGGUGGUGAUGCAAGCAUACGACCCGGAGAUCAGCAAGCUGAGCGCAGCGCUGGAGGAGCAGAAACGCGCGCUCAGCAUCGCUGGGUCUUUCGGGAGCGUUUCCGACACCCUGUGCUUUCUGCAGCAGAUGCAAGAGUUCCGGGACAAGUUAAAGCUGCUUAACAAUACUCCACUGCCGUCUCGGAAAGACAUGGACGUCGGUCCCCUUGUGCGUAAUUUCGACGUUAAAAACUGGGAUUCAUUGAGGCUCAGGGAAGUGGACAGGAUGUCGGUCCCCCAUGAGAGUGGCUCCUACCGAAUAGGGAACAAACGCAUGGCAGUGCCCAGAUGGAUCAGCAUUCUUAUCCUCACACUUAUCAGCUCGUUGGUGCUGUCUCUGCUGCUGCCGCACACCUUCACAGCGUAUGUGACCAGGGAGGCUGAAUCACUUCUCGCUGCACUUUUCUCUGUCUUUGCACAUACCGGUGCGUGCCUCCAGGAAAUCAAGGACAUUUACAUAGAUGUGGUUGAUGCAGGUCAGAAAUAUAUCAUGCAGUUAAUCGACUCUACUGCCCGCUUUAUUGACAGUUAUAAAUUACCCACUAACUAGAUAGCGUUAACUCACAGCUGUCAGAUAAUUUAGACAUGACAAGUGAGAUGUAAAACUCUAGCGAGUACUUUAAAACAUCUAAUUCUUUACAUUAGUUGUUUUUGUUUGUUUGUUUUUUGCCUUAUUGAACAAGCUGCAACCUCGAUGAAGCCAUAGAAUCAAACGAAUCAACCCUUAAUCCUCUGAGGUUAUAGUCUUUUCAUCAAGUAAACACCAAUUCACUUUUUUUCCAUGUGCAAUCGAUUCCUUUUUUUUCCUAAAAAAGAAAAAAAAAUCAUUUCAUAUUUGUUCAACGUGAUUUUCACAAAUAAAUCUGAGAAUUUUGAGUCAACUCUUUGUUUUUAUUUAAUGCGACAGCUCAGAACUGGCUGCUUUUUCCAAAUGUAUACAUGUAAAUGCAAUUCGAUGAAGUAAGCAAGUGCGUAAUGAAAGAAUGCAGUGUGAUCCACGGCCUCUCUCCCACAGAGGCUUCUGCGCCAUAGUGAUGCUGCAGCCUCUUCAAGGUUAUAAGCGUUACAUAACAGGGCCCGUGUGAAAAAUUCAGCAGGCUGCAGACACCGCAGCUCCCGGUGAUCACACCGCUCGUUGACGUGUGUGGAUGAAACCUUACAUCCUUAUAGGUGUCUGUCAGAUCAUAGAUCUGCAGGCAGUCGUGCAUACUAUUUUUUGUUGUUGUUAUGCGACUCAUUCAUUGCAUGACUGUGUCCAGACAGUGAAGUCAAUCCUGCAGAGUGGGUAAUUAAUAGAAGUGUGUAUAUUCUCUGGUUUUCUGCUGUGCGUCUGAAUAGAAAUGAAAGUAACUUUGAGGCCUAAAACUCAAAACACGUGGUUAAAUUGAAUUAAUCUGGGUUAACUCAAAUCAGAUACUUGGCUUUUUUUUUCUUUUUUUUUAAUGGAUCAGAGUAAAAGGACAGUGGAUUGUGACUAAAGAUCAGUUAUCCUGUUGUUUAUGUAUUCCCUAUAUGCAUUUUGGAGAGGGAGACUCCAUAAGAUCACGCCACAAAGCGAAUCAGUGAUGUCAGCACUGACCAUAAUUCAGGAUCUACGUCAUGGCACGCAUGUACAUAUAUAUAGCUUUCUGUUGCCAGGCAAAUAAAGCAUGGGUAUAAAAGUAGGAGUCUCUAUUAAUUUUUAAUUUUAAUCUCACGCAAAUAUAAACACAGCCUGUUAAAUGUUAACUAGAUAAAAAUGAAACAAAACUACUGGGCGGCUGUAUAACUGACUUUUUAACACGGCCAUAAAGACAGCGCACGGUCAGCCGCUUUAUACCAAAAGUGAGAAUAAAAAACUCCAAGCUCUCAUCUGGACAAUCGGCGGUCACUAAAUACUCAAAUAAUUUGUGAAUAAUCUUUUCAGUGUAGCAAAUAUCACAUUUCUGGAGCAUUUCCAGCACUCUGGGACGUUUUUAAACCCCAUUGUAAUUUUUUUUAAAUUGCUGUUUAAUGAAUAAUGAGUUUUCCCAUUAUUUUUCUCAUUAGCGGGUACAAAUUUUACCCAGGAACCAAUUUCUCUUGGUGUGGGGGUGGAUAUGGGAACUAAUGUACAGCCGUAUAUUAAUGUAGGCAAAGGUAAUAAAAUGCGUCGAAAGGUAUAAGCAGGUAAAUAUGCAUUUUUUAAAAUUACCAGCAGUGAUAAAAAUGCAUAUAUAAACAAUUCUAAGUCACUAUAGGGAAUUUCAGACUGCACAUCGAUUAUCGCUGCUUCCACAUUUUGAUGUGUGCGGAGUCUGUUGCUUUUCCAAUGCGCAAAAUAAUGGAAUUUAAAUGCAACACUGAGCAUUUAAAUCAUAGCAUUUAGAAAGACAAGAUAUAAAUAUUUCCAAAAUUAUAAGUAACAUUUUUCCCCCCUUUCCCACCUACCCUGUCAAUACACACACACACACACACACAGCUGUUUUAUGUCCACCGUAUAGUCUUGGCAAUAUUAAAGAUUAAGAUAUUAUAGAUAAUUUAGUAAAUCCGCAUGAAUGGUAUAAAAUAUGCUUAAUGUGUAUAUACAAGUAGGAGGGUUAUAUUGUUUGUAUAAUUUCGUAAAACUCAAAAGUUCUUGCAAAGAAAUAAAUCAGGGAUAAUAAAAUCCCUGAGACUCUUUUAUUAGAAAUUCAUAAAUAUCACCCUUGUUAAAUGCACCAAUUCUGUUUUUCUCUUAGUUUCAUAAAUACGUGAUUUUCUGAACUUUUAAUAAUAAUAAUAAUAACAACAAAAAGCGCAUAAGGCCAAAUGGAAGGAAACUGCUGCAGCUGCGUUUCGUCAGUAAAAGGGGAAAUGUUGGACUAGACAGAAUUCACUGUUCCCAAGGAAAAAAGAAAGAAAAUGCAAGCACUUAGUUUGUUUCAUACAAACUUUAAAAAAACGGAAAGGUCUGGUAUGUAUAACUUUACAGAGGAGUGUAACAACGCACUCAACUUCUCUAUUAAUCUUUUCUAAUUUAUACAUUCACAUAAAGCCUACGUGAUGUUUUGAAAGAAUACAGAUAUUAACCAGCUUAAACGAUCCUAUAGCAAAGGCCUGUAAAUCGAAGUUAAACGCUUUUUAUUUAUGAGUCUGAAUCUGGAUCAUCGUCAGCAUCAUCCUGGCAGGACUUAAAAUGGAGGGCUUAGCCCGCCGCCCGAGCACAACUGCAGAUUUAGUGCACAAAAUAUAUCGCUAUAGAUUAAAAAUAUAAAGGCACUUAUAAUGCAAAAGAAUAUAAGGUAAAUUCUGACCGCUAUAAGCAAGUUAUUAAAAAAAACCAAAACUAUCGAAUAAACUGAGCCCAAAUUAUAUUAAAACCGUAUUUUCUUUUUGUUUUUGUUUAUUUUAUUUUUUUUUUAAACACACUACAGACAGUGAAUUCAUCUUGAUUUUUCAGAAGCACUCCUGGUGUUUGGGCGACAAUCCAAGCAUGAUUGUAACGAUUUGAAUCCGAAGCAAAUCUGUCACUGCGCUUUGCUGAAUAGGCCCAAAUAUCCCAGCAGCGCUGCAGAAAGGCCACGCAGGCCAUUGUGAGCAUUUCUUCUCCAAGGACGGCGGCGCUUCUUAAAGCCUCGUUAAUAGUUUCCGCUAUCAGGAACACAAACGCUUUUCCUGUCCCUUAAACUAAAGACUACUAAACACACCACACCGACAAAAGUUUAGCAUGACAACUUGAAAACACACUGCAGACAAAACAGAAUUAAAACGUUUUUAUUCUCAAAAGGUUUACACAUAAUAGUGAAGUGUAAUAAAAUGUAGUAUACAUAUUUUACAUGUCAAUACAAUAUGGAAUAGACAUUAAGUAAGAAUCAGUGAGUCAACCUGUACCUGUAAACAUUUCUAAAGGCCAGCCUCUGUUUGCCACCACCUGAGUGGUCCGAGUACACUCAGUGGUGGUUAGUUGCUGUGAUUGUGAGUGGCCCGCUUUGCUUCAGCAGUACGAUCAAUACUGGAGACUUCAGCUAGAGUGUUAACUCCAAUAUUUACGUGCUGCUACAGUAAGGCGACCAGAAAAUGAGAAUGGGGAAGCCCAAACAACUUUCUCAUCACAGCUGGGGGGAGGGAGAAGAAAGGCUAUGAGAAAUUAAUUCAAGUCAGUAAAGACUACUGUUUUUUGCAAAAAUGACAGUAUGUUACCUGUUACCUCAAGCUUUCACUGCAACAGUAUGUUUGGUGGAGAGACUGUGAGAUAAUAGCUAUGUAGUAUAUUCAGGCUUUAGUGCGGCAGCACAGUAUGGCCUGCAUCUCAGUAUAACCCACAAACCAUUCCGUGCUGCUACAACAUCACCAGAACUGCUGCUGCGGUCCUUCCAUUCAAAACAGUCUCUGCUUCUGUGUUAUUUGCGCCGUCUUCAUCUUCUGGCCUUCUAAUCCUUAGCACAUGUUUACGGAUGGAUACAGAGCCAUUACCUAUUAUUUAAACCACCUAAAGACAUUCAGGUGAUCACCAGAAUCAGAUUGAAGUUUCCAGUCUUCUCCUAAAGUGGCCAUGGAGACUCGGCAUCUGAAACACACAAAACAAAAAGAAAAAGAGAGAGAGAAAAGGUUUAAUAUAAUACAGAAGUCAUUCUCAAAAUAUUAACAUUAAGUAUUAAAGUGUUCUUUGUGCUGAAAAGUAUGUGGACAGGAGAGCUUCACACUCUUGCGUUUGUUGAAAGCCUCAUCUCAAAACUGUAUGGGCAUUACUAAGCUGCUGCACUCUUCCAGGAAAUCACUUAUCACAAUUUCAAAGCCUGGCUGCCAAGAUUUGCACCAGUUUAGCCACAAUGUAAGAUCGGACAAUGAUGCUGGAUGAUAAGGCCUGGACCCUUGGCUAGCUGUCGGCCUCCAGUUCAUCCACAAGCUGUUCCAAGGGAUUGAGGUCAGAGCUGUGUGUAGGCCAGUGGAGUUCUUCCACACAAAACUUGGAAAUAUAUUUCUUUAUAAAUAUUGCUCAAUGCAUGAAGCACUGUUGAAACUAGAAGACUUAUUCCCCAAACUGUUGCCACAUUUAAAAUACAGAAAUAUUAUUGUAUGCUCUACAAUUAGGAUUCCCCUCAACUUUGAGCCAAGCAGCUUAUAGGAGCACCAAUGUCCACAGACUUCGUAAUGUACUUAUAGUUUUACAUCUGAAGUUUAAAGAUUUUGCAAUCUACUUUUAUAAAAAAAAAAAACACAA